AUGAGGUUUACCGUCAAUCAGCUCGUGGAGGCUGCAGGCCUUGAGACGGAGGGGUUUCCCGCCAGUUGGUUCACAGGAACGGUCGUGCAGGUCGACGCCGCGCGCAAUGGCGUCAUAAUGGAGUACCACCACUUCGUGGACGAGGAGACUGGAGAGCAGCUGGUCGAAUUUGUCGAGGCCGCGCGCCUGCGCCCCACCCCGCCGGCUGCCGCCAAGUUCUCAAGCUGGGACCAGCUUAAGGCGGGCAUGGCGGUGGAGAUGCUGCAGGACGACGUGUGGUGGAUGGGCGUAGUGCUGCGCAAGACCGUGGCCGGAGUCCAUGUAUACAUGCCAGGCGCGUCGGACAUCGGCCAUAGCUACAGCUUUGUGCGGAUCCUUUCCAACCUGCGGCCCUCCUACACCUGGGUGCCGCCGCCGCUGCAGCUUCAGGGCAACGAGCGGGGCCUGCAGCACGGGUGGGGCCGCUUUGAGGCCCGCAGGGCAGGAGAGGCGCUGCUCAAGGAAGUCGGCCUCUCCCACCUGCGCAAGGCUGCGUUUGGCAUCCCCGCCACUCUGCCCUGCGAGCCCGCUUACGGGGCCCCGCGGCCCUCCCAGAGCGCGGCGUCGGUGUCGCUGGGCACGUCUGUGCUCCUGAAGAAAGAGGAGGGCGCCGCCGGCUCGGACGCGGUCGCGGCGAAUGCACAGGGUCGGAGCGGGGCGGGGCCGCAGCUGCUGCAGCAGGACGUGAAGGACGAGGAGCAGGGUCUGGACGAGGCCGAUGAGGAAAUGGACCAAACAGGGGAGGGGGAAGAGGAAGGAGACGAGCAGCUGCAGGAGGACUUGCAGCAGCAGCAGCAGCAGCAGCAGCAGCACUGCAAGGAUGAAGAUGAUCAUGAAGGGCGGGACGAGGAGGACGCCCUCACAAAGGCUGCGGCAGCGCCAGCGGGGCGCCCGCCGCGGCGAGCUGGCGCGCCGGUGCCGCCGCCGCGGCGCAGUGGGCGGGAAGCGAAGGCGCGCGUGGUGUAUGUCGGGCGCGUGCCGGUGCUGCGAGACAACCUGUACAACCUGGAGGGGGGGGAGCCGUCUGUCUUUGACAAGGAGCUCACAGACAAGCCCUACACAGAGCGAGGCUACUCCACCGCCCCGCCGCCUCGGAAGCCGCAUCAACAGCAGAAGCCAAAGCUCAAGCCAGUCAUAAAAGCACCGCAGGACAAGGAGGUCGGGGAGGCGCAAGCAGCGCGCCGCGCGCACAACGCAGGUGUCAAGGCGUCGGCCCAGGCCCUCGCGGCUGCGCGCACCGCCUAUCUCGCGUCCUACCUCGACAAGCUGCGGCCCUUCAUAGCACCAGCAGUCGCAGAGGCGCUGCAGCGCGCGGCGGCCGCGCUGCCGGCGCGGCCGAAGGACCCUGAGCCGUUGGAGGGGCAGCCGGCGCAGAUCAAGGCGGUGCUGCGGGAGUACCAGCUGGAGGGCCUGGCGUGGCUGGUGGCUCAGCACCACAGGGGCAUCGACUGCAUCCUGGCAGACGAGAUGGGCCUCGGCAAGACCCUUCAGACGAUUGCGUUCCUGGCCCACCUCAAGUGGAACCUGCGGGUGCCCGGGCCGCACCUGGUGGUGGUGCCCCUGUCGGUCAUGUCCAGCUGGAUGGGGGAGCUGGCAAGGUGGUGCCCUGAUCUGCGAGUGGUGCGGCUGCACACGUCGGACACCGCUGAGCGCGCCAGGCUGCGCAAAGAGGUGCUUGCACGGCCUGACACCUUCGACGUGGCCGUCACCACGUACGAGAUGGUCACCAGCGUCGACUUUGGCCGGCCCAUACAGACCACUGUGACGUGGCGCUACCUGGUGCUGGACGAAGGCCACCGCGUGCGCAACGUCGACACGCUGACAGCGGCGGCGCUCAGGCGCGUGCAGCGCGGCAACAUCCUGCUCCUGACAGGCACCCCCCUACAGAACAACAUGGUGGAGUUGCACGGUCUGCUGUCUCUGCUGCACCCAGACGUCUUCACCACGCGCGCCCCCUUUGAGGUCGCCUUCAACCUGGGCAAAGGCCAGGUGGACCAAGAGGCGCUCACUGCUGCGCACUACCUGCUGCGCCCCUUCUGCCUGCGCCGCCUCAAGACAGAGGUGGAGGUCAGCCUGCCCCCCAAAAUCGAGACGCGCAUCGCGGUGCCCCUCAGCGCGCAGCAGACCUUCUGGUACAGGAGGCUGCUGCUGCGCAAUUACGAGGCGCUCGCCGCCCUGGAGGCGAGCUUAGCGGGCGGCAGGCAGGGCCCAGGGCAGGCCCAGCAGCAGCAGCAGCAGCAGCAGCAGCAGCAGCAGCAGCAGCAGCAGCAGCAGCGGCGGCAGGAGGAGGAGCAGGAGGAGGCACAGGAGCAGCAGGGCCAGGCGGCGGGGCCGGCGCUGGCGGGGUCGGGUUCGUCCUGGCAGCGGCUGCUGAACCUCAUAAUGCAGCUGCGCAAGGUGGUCAACCACCCCUUCAUGAUGCCGGACAGCGAGCCCAGGGGAGAGGGGACGGCCACCCUGCAGGAGAUGCUGGACGCGUCGGGCAAGCUCGCCGUGCUGCACCGCCUGCUGGCGCGCCUCAAGGGGGCCGGCCACCGCGUGGUGGUGUUCAGCCAGUUCAAGAUGAUGCUAGACAUCCUAGAGGAUUACAUGGGGCUGGCGGGGCACGAGUGA